AGCACGGGCUCAGUUUGAAUCCCAACUCGGUUCGAGCAACUCUGUACUUAAAAUCGGGCAAAGAACUUUUUUUUAUUAUUAUUUUUUAUACCACCGUGUAGAAACUUUGUUCUUUUUAUUCGAAUUGCUAAACAACUUUACUAACGAGAGACAAACAAUUCUGCAAAGUUAUCGUGCACGUUUCAGUGACAUUGUGAUUUUUGAAAAGUUCAUCCCCAAAAGUGUCACAUGUCAUAACAUUGUUUUUUUAGAGCUAUAAAAUUCAACGUGGGUUUAAUCGACUCUUCUCUUUUUAAAAAAAUCUCCAAUGGAUUAUUGGAUGAAAAUUGUGUACCGUUCUUCCUGGCUGAUUAUUACCGCCGGAUGGCUCUGUCUGGAUGCAACUGCUUCAUCCGUCGAUGACUUCCGGUAUUUCCGCAACGAAGUGCCGACAUUCGCCAAAGAGAUUGAAAAUGCUACGGUACCCGUCGGUCGUGAAGCUACCCUCUCGUGUGUCAUCUACAAUCUCGGCAAUUUCAAGGUGGCGUGGGUGCGAGUGGACACGCAAACGAUCCUGACGAUCGACGACGUGGUGAUCACGCGUAGCCAGCGCAUUUCCGUCAGACACAUGACAGACGCUAGCGUUGACUAUCCUUAUUACCUGCAUCAUCCUCAUCAGCAGCAUCCACACAAUCAUCAUCAAAAGAACAAGAGUUUCUUGUUACAAUCGCCUCCAGCCGUGGAGGUAUCCACCGUGCAGCCAGAGACUCCGCAUAGAAGACCGUCAAGCGGGAGCAUCCACAAGACUUGGCAGUUAAUUAUCCGUGAUGUGCAGUCAUCCGACGCCGGAUUAUAUAUGUGCCAGUUGAACACGGAACCCAUGACGAGCCACACGGCUUACCUCAGCGUGACAGUUCCGCCUGAUAUCGUCGACAGCGAAAGUAGUGGUGACGUCAUGGUGACCGAAGGUCAAAAUACGACGCUACGAUGCAGUGCUACCGGUCAUCCACUUCCUGUCAUCACUUGGCGUCGUGAAGAUGGCAGGCCUAUUCAAAAUCACGCUUUAACUGUGGAAGGAUCGGUACUCCACUUGACCCGAAUUCCCCGCCAGCAUAUCGGCGCUUACCUUUGCAUCGCUUCGAACGGAGUACCUCCCAGCGUGUCCAAAAGAUUUAUGCUCCGAGUCCAAUUUCCACCGAGCGUAACGGCUACCAAUCAGCUGGUCGGAGCAAGGCAAGGCGACAUUAACAUCACAUUAGAGUGCCAUUGCGAGUCAUUCCCCAAGCCGGUGGUCUACUGGCUUCGACACAGUACCGGAGAUGUCGUCGUCAACGGUGUCAAACAUCGCGAGGAAAAGCGAGAAACGAACCACUACAAGGUCUCGAUGCAGCUCGUUUUUCUACACCUGGAACGAGAAGAUUUUAUGGCUUAUCAGUGCGUCUGUCGCAAUACACUGGGCAUCGCCGAUUCCGUCGUCCGACUUUACCAAAUCCAUCCAGUGGCUGACGAUGGCAAUGAAGUUUAUUCAGAAGCUGACCAGCAAGAUGGACUUGGCGGAGGCAAAGAGCAACUUAGCAGCACCUGGGAUGCAGAGAAAUCCAAGGAUGAGUCGUCAACUAAACGAUUGGCAGUCAAUAAACAUGCGUCAGCCAAGACUCAAUUGGCCGUUGGUGGGCGGUCCAGCUCAGCAGUCGACAUUUCUUCGUGGUUCCUUUCGACACUUUGCAUACUAGUCUCAAUGACAAAGACGAGAUAGUGUUUUGUUUUUUUCUAAUGAUUUGACUUCGUAAAAAUUUAUUAUUUAAAAUCGUCUAUUUUAUCUCCGCCCUUUUGUUGAUAUACAGAUUCAUAUACUGGAUUAUUAUUACUUAUAGUGGAAAACGAUAAUGUGCUUUCAAUGUUUCCUCUUUUUUUUUAAAGUUUUGUUGUCUGUAAUAAUUAAUAAUAAGAAAAAAAACGAGAUAUAUUUAACAGGCAUAUGGUACAGCACAAAGGCCGUUGGAUCCUUAUAGAUCGUCUGCCGCUGUAAUAAUAAAUAUCAAUAUACACAAACAAAAGAAGAAAAAAAAAACGUUUCCCUUGUUUGUGCAUGUGUGUUUUUAUGAGAGAAAAAAAGAAACAAAGAAAAAAUAGAUCCAAUACAAGUGUGUAAAGCGA